AUGACGGGAGCGAACUACAUGGGAGGGAAAAGAAACGCGGCGAAGGCACGGACACGGGAUGCUACAGGACGAGCCCAGAGGGGCCAUUUUGGAAGACAGCGCCUUUCUGCAUUACUUUGCAAAAGGCAACUUGAACUUGAAGAGGAAGGCCCAUCGCGCAAAUUGCAUACUCUUCGAUCUGCGCUAACAGAUAUAAAUUUGGCUCAUGCUCAGCGAGAUAUUGCCGCUCAUGAACUGCCACCAAUAUUGGCUACACCUCAGAAGAGACUGCGUCUGAGUCGACAACCGCCAUCAAUUUCAGAGCAGAAAACUUCAAAGGUUCUUACUGUACUGGACACUACAGAACCGAUUUCACUUCAAGCUGAGAUCGAUCGUCUUCUUUUGAUUCCAGAUUAUAUGGGGAUUGUACCCUGCAGACUUUAUUCUUCUCCAUUUUCCAAAUCGUCGAGUAGCUCUAGACAUCCUGUGCAGAGCGAUCAAUCAGAUAGUCCUAUUUCCCUUGCCUCGUGGACUGGACAGGCUCAUAGCCCUUCGGAUGGUUCCUUUGCGAGGCCGCACGUCACUAUUCGAGCAGAGCACUAUCAGAAUUUUCCAGAUUUUCCUUCCUCGCAAUCUGACACUUCUUCAGACUUCCCUUCUGCACAAUCCGUGCCAGAUUCUGAUGCAAUGAUUCAGGACUAUAGCGUGGAACAUGUAAACGAUAAUUCUGGCCAUCAAUCUCAGUAUGGAUAUGUCGUGAAUGGACAACCUUGGUACCGGAGUCCUAGCUACGAAACCUUGGCAAUUGGUCCCAACUUGCAGGCCGGUGAAUGUGCUACAACAUUGCCUUCUUCGAUACAAAGCUACCAUAGCACGUCGGAAGAGUCUCCUUCCUUAUCGCUCUUUUAUUCUCAAGAUUCUGACAUGUCAAUCCUCAACAUGGAUACUUCGCCUCCUGCCUCCGAGCACUUCCUGCACUCCGGUAUGCGCUCGCGCUCUCCUAUCCGGUAUCUCGAAUUGGGCUCGUCCAGUAAUUCUGAUAAGCGUCAACAUCAAUCACCUCCAGCAACCAAUAGAAUGAAACAAUCGAUAAACAUAAGCAAACAGGCCUGGGAUGAAAACCCUGGAUAUGAUUCUCCAUAUGGAAUCCCUUGCAAUGAUCUGGAUGUCUUGCCGAUUGACUUUGCUAACGACGAUGACCCAUGGGCAACAAUAGGCAAAAUUCUGAAACUCCCAUCUUGCUCGAAGAAAAAAGGCGGCACGCCCCAAGAUGAACUGGUGUAUCUCGCUGACGUCGGUUCAGACGAUACUUUUAUACAUGACCAGCGGAGUGCUCUGGUUGUUGAAAAAGCACAUCGAGACCGUUCCCCGGACGUACAGUCACAACAUUCAUCGAAUAAAAAUGAUCCUGUCAAAUGCUCUCCAUUUAGUUUACCUUCCCGUGUAAUUCGAACAGAAGCACAUCAAAACCAAAGUCUGUUGGAUCAUUUGGACGGUAUAGAAGUGGCUAGGUCCACUAGCCCAGGUGGCAUACCAUCACUCCAACAAAAUCAUUGUUCCCCGGGCUUGAAAAAGGACGAGUGGUUCGGUUUGGAAGAUCGAGUUCCCGAGAAGGUUGCUCCCCUGGAUGCUGCAGCGGAUCGCGAACAUCCAGCGAUGGCGACCCAUCACGUCUCUACCUGUCACGGCGAUGAUCCGAUUUGGUACCCUAUCAAUCACAGAACUCAGAUCGCCUCAAGAGACAUGGAUUUAUCACCAGAAGAAACCGUGUGUGACACUCAGAUUACAUGCGCUACGCCGGAACCCACCAAGGAGUUCAAGGAGGUAGCGAUAAGUGCAUCGAUAAAAGACAGCGCCCAAGAGAAGAUCAUUCAAGGACCCUGCUUAUUCUUUGAUCUUGAAGAAGAAGAGAAGUUGGUAUCUCAGCUAAAUGGAGAAGAGGACUUGAAGAUUCGUCGAGAAAUAUACACACACGUCAGAGAGACCAUAAUACCUAACACGCGUCUCGCUGACUGUUGUCCACCUCCGGCUGUUUCGUUUUAUGCGAUCAGAAAUAUCUUAUAUCCAAAUAUUUUAUUUGAGCAAAUCACGGAUUUGCUGGACCUUCUCGCCAAUGUCGACCUCUUUAGGCAAAGGGCGUUAAAACAGUCUGCAGAUGCAUUGGUAUGGAACGAGUUCUACAAACAGCAACCCAAUAGUGGCGUCAGAGUCCUGAAGCCUUCUCAGGAAGAGCGACUGUUACGUUAUAAGGAGCAGAGCAUUAAGGAUAGGAGGAGAUAUAUGCUCCUGGUUUUCAAUCUCUGUCAACUGGAUAUCUACCAUCUUUGGCCAUCGUCUGACCCAUCGCUUCUGCCAAAACGUUUAAAACAAUACUUCCCUUCGUCGUUAUCUGGGGGUGACGAGAGCUCGUCUCUUAUGUUACACUUCGAUCUCUCCGACACAGAGAAGAAAGACAUGCUUGUGGUCAGAAAUGAGAGUAUAGAGUGGAUGAAAGAUAUUUCAGAAUGGGAAAACGCUCGCGCAAUGAAGCUUAAGGAGGAAGGUGCUUCGAUGGAGGACUUUUGUGUUAACUAUCGGCACGACUUUGGGCUGGAUCAUGAUCCUCCUAUCGACAAGGAAAUCCUUGUCAAGAAUAUUGAGAAGUACUUGAAGAAGGUGGAGCAAAUGAUCCAGCACUUAGAAGACUAUUUUUCCGGGCUUCCAGCCAAAUAG